AUGGCAAAUAUAGAAAAGAGUGCUAAAGACAAAGAUGAGUUGAUUGAAGAAUUAUAAGAAUAAAUAGAAAUAUUGUAAAGUUAAGCUUUGUCUUUUGAAAAAUAAAUUGAAUUGUAGUAAUAAACAAUUCAAUAGUAAGAAGAGACUAUUUUAUUAUUGAAAGAAACAAAUUUGAUUUUAAAGUAGUCUGCUCAAAUUAAAGAUUAGACUAUUUUAUAAAUGGAACAAGAUAAUAAUACAAUUAACAGUCAGAGUGAAAAUAACUUAUCAAAAGAUGAAAAGCAGUUUAUUAUUGAAAGUUAGAAACGAACUAUCUAAUCAUUAGAAAAUUCUAUUUUGCUAUAAGAAUAAACUAUCUUGAAUUAAGAAAUUACUCUUAAAAAUAAAGAAGAGACUAAAAGAUUGGAAUAAUAAAGCAACAAAAAAUUGGAAAAGUAGUUAUAAUUAAGCCAACAAAAGAAUAAGGAGCUCUUAGAUAAAAUUAAUCUUUUAGAGAUGGAAGUUAAAUCUUUAAAACAAAACACAAUAAUUACUAAAUGA